AUGGCAAACACGCGCAGAAAAUCGGCGGCGGCGCCCGCCGGGCCGGAUGAGCACGAGGGCGCGCGCGUGAACGGGCGCGGCCGCGCCCAGAACGGCGAUCGCGAUCGGAAAAAGGGCGAUCGGAGGAGGACGAGAAACGACGGGGCAGCCGCCGCGCGACCCGCGGGCAGGCGCUCGAUCGACGGCGAUUCGUCCAUACACCACGCUCACGACUCUCAGACGCCGCUCAGGGUCCGCGUCUACCUCCUCACCUACUUCUUCAGCUCCCUCACCAUCGACCGCCAGUACUGGUUCUUCGGCCUCGUACCCAUCGGCUGGAUCGCGUCGUCGCUGUGCGAGUGGCUCGGGGUUCCCAUCUGCCACACGAACGUCCAGGUGCAGAGCGUCGCGGACCCGUCGGAGGUGGCCGAGUUCGGGUACGAGGGAGGGCCGAGGCAAGUCACGGGCGUGUACCAGUGCGCGCCGGGAUGCAACCCGCACCUGGCGUUCACGCGACAGCAAAAGGUGUACCUCGGCGAGACCGAUCUGACGCACGCGGAGCUCGUGUCCGCGGUGCGAAGGGUCGAGUCGCGAUGGCGCGCGCCCGAUUACAACCUCUUCGGGAAAAACUGCAACCACUUCUGCGAGGACUUGGUCCGCGAGCUCAUCCCGGGGGCGCGGAUGCCGCGGUUCAUCAACAGGGGCGCGAGGGCUUCGUGCUGGGCGACCGCGGGUCUGGCGCCAUGGUUCGUGGGGAGGUACGUUAAGGACGGGGGUUCGUGGACGGGCGGUCGAGUGACGACGAUGGCGGAGCGGGAGCGACGGGCCAUGGGCGUGGCGGACUUCGCGGAGUGGGAGGAGUGGGCGAAGGGCGCGGACGGGUGCGGGGGCGGGGACGAGAGGGAGGAGAUCGAUCCGCUCGCGGAGCACCUGCAUCCGGUGCCGCUGCUGUGACGACGAAGAACGUCGCAAAGUUUGGCGCAGAGUUUGGCAGAGGGCGACGACGAAAUUUGAUAUCACAUGUCGCGAUUCUUU